AUGCACUCGGCACAGAAAGACACCACGUUCACCAAGAUCUUCGUGGGAGGUCUUCCUUAUCACACAACGGACACAAGUCUCAGGAAAUAUUUCGAGGUGUAUGGAGACAUCGAGGAGGCUGUUGUCAUCACCGAUCGGCAGACGGGGAAAUCCAGAGGUUAUGGAUUUGUAAGUACAAACCUGUUUAUGGUUCUGAACAUAUCCAUGAGGUCAAUUGAAAUGUGCUGUUUCCUUCAGGUGACCAUGGCAGACCGGGCCUCAGCUGACCGAGCCUGCAAGGACCCUAACCCCAUAAUAGAUGGCAGGAAAGCCAAUGUAAACCUGGCCUACCUGGGGGCCAAGCCCAGGGUCAUACAGCCAGGAUUUGCGUUCGGCAUGCCACAGAUCCAUCCAGCAUUCAUCCAAAGGCCUUACGGAGUCCCAGCACACUACGUCUACCCUCAGGCGUUUGUCCAACCCAGCAUGAUGAUCCCUCAUGUACAACCUUCUGCUGCUACAGCAACAGCUGCAGCUGCAACUUCCCCAUACCUUGACUAUACUGGUGCAGCGUAUGCCCAGUACUCUGCAGCCGCUGCCACCGCUGCUGCCGCUGCUGCUGCAUAUGAGCAGUAUCCAUACGCAGCCUCACCAGCACCAACAAGCUACAUGACUACAGCGGGGUAUGGAUACACUGUCCAGCAGCCACUCGCCACCGCUGCCACCCCAGGAGCUGCCGCCGCCGCUGCCGCCUUCAGCCAGUACCAACCUCAGCAGCUCCAGACAGAUCGCAUGCAGUGA